UACGUGUUUCCGGUUCCACAGGUUUCAGAGGUGGUCGAACUUCUCACUGCGUCAGAACUCCUCAACUUUUCCCUUAAUCUUCCACGGUUUCUUAGUAGUAUUUCCUAUAGUUUAGGGAUUUUUUUGUGUGUGUCUGUGCCAUCAAUCGACCUCUUAAAAGGUUGUUGCUGAGAUCCAAUAAAUUAUGAACAGUUUAUGACAGAAGAGAGUGGAGAAACUCUUGUUUAGGUGAAGAAAGCUGAAGGUUGGGAUGAUUUGUCCGCUUGGUCAUUGACAGGGUUAAGGAAAUCGAAGAGAGCUCCAUUAUGUGGACAGAAAAACAAAGAGGACUCAGAGUUUCUCAGGAGGAGCUGCUUUGUAAGAACGCCUGUGGGUAUUACGGAAACCCAGCCUGGAAAGGCUUCUGCUCCAAGUGCUGGAGAGAAAGAUCACGUCCACCUGGAUCGCAAAGACAAGACACAAGACCCAGCAGUGAUGGCGUGCCCCCCACGUUCUCCAAGUUCGAGGAGAAGAAAAACAUCGAGAAGGGGAGACGGAUAAACACUGUGAGGAGGCUGUUCUGGGGCAGCUCUUCACCUCCGAAAGCUCAAGAGACCUCAGAAAGUCACGCAAAGAUCUUAAAAGCCUACGAGAGCCUUGAGCCCGGCGACUUCACGGGUUUUCUAAAGAUCCUCCGGAGUCCAUCGUCUCAGCGUCUGCAGUCCCGCUGCACAGCUUUCCUCAACACAAUGGAGGCGUAUCAUGAUCUGCCGAUACAGAAGCAGUCGGACCUUGUGCAGGAUUUCUAUCAGUCUUUUGCUGAAUAUUUUCGAAGUUUUCCCGAGGCGCAGGUCACUCAGAUAAUGGAGCACGUAGAGAAGCUCAUAAUGACUCGGUUGCACAAAUGGGUUUUCUGCCACGACAGCUGCGACGACGAACAGAAGGACCUGGCUCUCCAGCGGCGAAUACGCUCCUUAAACUGGGUCACACCACAGAUGCUGAGUGUACCUUUCCCAGAUGAAAAGACUCCAGUCUCAGGCGACCCCUUCCUGCCUGCCAUAACAGCCAUAAUAGAGAUGGAUGCCAAGCGAGCGCCGCAGGACAAGCUUGCUUGUGUGUCCAAAUGCAGUCAGCACAUCUUUGAAGCGCUCUCCACCUCCAACAACGAGCCCGCUAAUGCCGAUGACUUCCUCACCAGCCUGGUGUAUGUGGUGCUGAAAGCCAACCCGCCUCGCCUCCACUCUAACAUGCAGUACAUGAUUCGCUUCGGUCUCCCUCACAGCCUCAUGGCCGGAGAGAGCGGCUACUACUUCACGAACCUGUCCUGUGCGGUGGCCUUCAUCGAAAAGCUGGAUGGAGCAGCGCUCAACCUCAGCGCAGAGGAGUUCGAUGGCUACAUGCGAGGUCAGCGUGCUCCUUCUGCGUUGACCAAGAGGCAGCAGCUGGCCGGUAACACGCAGAAGCUGUUGGAAGAGCUGCAAGGAAGGCAGCAGAGGCUGCACCAAGAUGUGGAUGCUCUCAACACGCAGCUGCAGAAGUGGGUCCAGGUAGUUAAUUCACAGCUGGACGAGGCAACGAGCCAGUUCGACAAAGUACAGAAGGCGAUAACGGCUCAGGCUGAGGCCUCCCAGGUGGUUUCCUCCUCAGCUCAGGAAGGAUCCCAGCUAAGGGUGGACCAACAGCAGCCUAACGGUGACAGUGAAGCUCCAGAAGAAACACUCUGUUAGCUCAGGUACCAGAAACCCCAGGUGUGGUGCUUAAUGAUCAGCACUAACAGACAUAAAUAUAUAUAAAUAUAUAUAUAUAUAUGGACGAAUGAGACCUACAUUCCACUGAGAGAUUUGCACUAGUUUCAAACCAGAGAGGCGCUUUAUAAGAUGAAGGAAAACCUCCAGGUGGAAACUAAAGGCGUGUUUGUCCCGAGGCCUCUAUGAAGGGCUUAAAUACCUUUAUCGAAUUAUUUUAACUUAAAUUAUUACACAUUCCAGUUUAGUUUAAAAGAUAUACUAACAUAUAGACACUUUCUCAUACAACACUUAAAGGUGCUGAGCACAAAAUAUCUUCCCUUACAUUUGUAUACCGCUAUGACUUUAUGGUGACAGGUCAAAAUGUGAACUAGUGUCGACCACUACAAGUUUACAAGGGGGUGUUUGUGACGGCGUCUCUCAGAGCUGUCUAACUUAUAAAACGAUUCCUUCUCCGGUUUUGUGUGACACAAUUUGUAACAUGUUUCCAGCUGUGAUAGUGUUCAAGAAAGAUGUUUACAGUUAAAGGAUUUAUGA